AUGGAACUUUCCCGACCCGCGGGCGCACAAAUCGUUGCCGCUUCUCGAUCUCGCGCUGGCAAGGAUGCUUCAGCCGCACCUGUCGAGGAGCUUGAGGGAACUGUCGCGGGGUUUCAAGCCAUCUUGACCGACGACGACCGCAAGAAGUUGCAGCAGCUCAAAACUACGUCGCACGACUCGCAAAGCAUCAUCGCUUUUACGGCCGAGUUGGAUCUUCUAGACAAGAACAGGCGAGGGAAGAGUGUCGCCUCGAGACUGGCUUCAUUCUUGCAGACGAUUGAGCAAUUCACGCCCAUAGUCGACACGUACAUCCAAUCGAAUCCUGAUAUCGCAGCACUAAUUUGGGGCUCGAUCAAGCUUACAUUCAUGUUUCUGGCCAACUUCGCAUCCUACUUCCAAUCAUUUGUAGAGCUCCUCCACGGGUUCGGUUCACUGUGCACGCGAUUCGCCCAGUACCAAGUGAUUUUUAAUGAAUCCUCACGUCUGAGGAGAUCCGUUUGCGAGUUUCACACUUCAGUUAUUACUUGCUGCCAGCAGAUUGUCUUGGCAAUUCGGCGACCCUUGAAGAAUCAGCUUCUAAAGGCAAUCACACAAUCAUUCCAGUCCGAACUCCGAAGCUACGUAGAAGACAUCAGGGCGAAAGCAGAGGAGGUACAGGGCGAUAUUCAAUUGGUCAAGGCUCAGUGUGACCGCGAGGAACAGCAACUACAGACGACAGAGCGAAAAGAGGCUACAGACCAUCGGAAACGCUUUAGAGCUUGGGCUGCCGAAAUGGAAAUCUUUCAAGCGCAGCGAAGACGAGAUGCAUUAGAACAAAGACGGCGUCGCCUUCUUGAGGACUUAUCGUCAUUCAACUUCACUUCGGCCUUCAACAGCACACGAAACAAGCGCCAUAUAGGCACGGCCAAAUGGGUCUUUGACACUCCGGAAUUUCAGCAAUGGGUCAAAUUCAAUGGACCUCCCGUUCUUCAUAUCACUGGCAAAAUUGGGUCUGGUAAAACAGUCUUGUCGUCCUCGAUCGUUGAGAAACUGUCGCAGAUCCGGCCACCCCAACAAUUCGUGUCGUUCUUCUUUGCCCGAUUUGAUGAUCCGCUUAGCCUCUACGCUGAGACAAUCAUACGUUCCUGUAUUCAACAGUUAGUAUCAGCCAUCGACAUGGACACUCUUGACCCAAAGGUCGUUUCUGCACUUGACGAACAGCUCUCUCAAGCCAAGCUAGCUCUGUUCUCCUUCGAAUUUCUUUCAGAUCUCUAUUUGUCUGCGGCCAAAGCCAUCAAACAAUGGUUUAUAGUCAUUGAUGGCUUGGAUGAGUGUAGCACUGAUCAACAGUCCAAGCUGCUAAAGUUCUUCCAAGGAAUUAUUUCCAGGAAUGAUACAACGAGCAACAUAAGCGUUGUCUUCGCCUCUCGAGAGACAUGCACCAACACAAUCAGAAGCAUUUUUCCCCAGUCGCAACGACUGGUUACAGGCCUAGAAAGUACUAGCGUCGACAUCGAUUCAUAUGUUGACGACAUCAUUAUUAACAAAUUGUCAACUGGCGAACUGGUUGUUAGUGACCCCAGGCUAUUGAAAGAGAUUCUGACAACAAUUGCUUCCAAGGAGCAGGGAAUGUUCUUGUGGGCCUUUUUUGUGAUUGAAGAUAUAUGCUCUGGGAAGACUGACAACGAGAUUCGCCAAGCGCUUCAAAAUAUCCCCGGUGACCUUCCGGCGACUUUUGACCGUGCGCUUAGUCGCAUUGUUCAAAAGCGCAAUCAGGACACCGCCAAGAAGGCCUUCAUGUGGACAAACGCAACAUUACAGCCAUUGACCUUGUCACAACUCCGCGAAGCACUAUCCAUCAAGCCUGGCCAACAUACUCUGCGACAGGAGGAUCUUAUCAGCGGAAUAGAACGAUUACCUACUUGGUGUGAGAACUUGAUUUAUGUGGAGGAAACAGACAACACAGUUCGCUUCAGCCAUCAUUCCAUUCAGGAGUUUCUCUUGGCGUCAGAUUCAGGUGAACAUGAGGCCCUCCACAUUGACCCUGACCAGUGCGAUAAGCUUGCCGGCGAGGUCUGUAUCACUUAUGUCAAUCUCGACAACUUCCAAACGACGCUAGCAGAGAGGAAAAGGGAACCGCAGACCCCAUCCGCCCUGAAGAUCGACCCAAGUGGAAUAGCCGAGCAGACGAUACAGUCCGCCAUUCAAGGUGGUGUUGGAACCCGUGUCGGUCGCCUAGCUCGCCAAUUUGUCAAGACAUCAAACACAAAAAAAGCCUCAACACAGCGCGAAUUUUCCCUGAGCUCUCCUAUGCCAGUUACUGGUAAAGCCCAAGGAACCACAGACUACCCCUUUCUCGAAUAUGCGUCGGCGAACUGGUUCAAGCAUACCAAAUACAUCAGCAAAACGGAGCCAGAGAUCUGGAGGCUCUUCGGUCAACUGGUCCAAAAGCCCGCUCAGCACUCGCAAGACGAGCCUUGGCAUAGUGCGGAAUGGAAGAAAGAAGCCAUAGCGGGAUUUACAAAUCAUUACGAUCCAAUAUCAGAACGUUACUUCCAUGCGAUGAAGACAGUGUGCAUUGGCACGUUCCAUGAGUCAGACAACGAGACAGAUGCCGGGCCAAACUUCUCUAAGCUCUGCCUUGCUUUCGAUUACGCUGAGCGGAAUGGCUACUACGCGCUCGCAUGCCGAUCCUUCCAGUUGUUAUUAGAAUAUUCUUUGAUGGAACCAGAGCUAGAAGAGGUCAUUUGCAUUCUAUCUGUGAACAAGAAUUACGAGACCUGUCAAAACGGUUGUGCAGGGUUGAUAACGACACGUCUCAAUCAUGGUCAACUUAUCACAGAGCUCAGGAAAGCGAUCGCCGAAGGGAUUCCAUACUUCCCACCACUACCAGAUUACGGGUCACAUCCUCUAUGUCACUGCGCAGACCAGCCUCCUCAUGAGUUGAAACUGGAUAUUUGCCAGGUGUUGAAAUCAGGCUACAACCCAGCGAUUCAACGGCACUUGCGGCCUUUCGCUAUUGUAGCAGAAGCAUUAGGGAAUGAGGGACAUCAGAAUAUUCCUAGCAUCUUGGUUUUGAGCAAAACAUGCAAUGAAGAAGAGCCUAAUGCUUUAUUAAACGCCACAAACAUUCAUGGGAUGCAUUUGAUUGAUAUACUCACCCAAGGGCUUCUAUCAACUGAAAACUUGGGCAACAACAUGGUCGCAUUUACCGUCGGCAGAUUUGUGGGGUAUGGCACUGCACCAACCCGACCCCAAUACCAGCAACGAAAACCAUUGGCCUCGUUGCCUGAUUCGGCAGUUAAUACCAUCCUUCUUCUAAAUUCUUUGGAUACAUUGUACCCCUCUAGUGAAAUUCCUGAACUUCCAGGCUCUAAAGAGCUUAUAGAUUUACACGGCGAGACUAUCACAGCGAUGUUUCGAAGAGUCGUUAUCCCUAAACUAAGGUCGACUUAUAUGGCAUCGUAUAUGGUUCAGUGUCUUUUUGGGGACUUCCUGAAUUCUGAUCUUCAACACAUUGCCCAUGCUCACGAGGACUCAUUUAGAGAAGCUGUGUGGAAUAAUAAUUGGGACAUUGCGGCAGCUCUACUGAGCAUUCAGCCGACUUUCCUUGAUAAGUUCACUGGCCGCGGCUACUUCACCUCUAUCAGAGAAGCUGUUAUGUGCGAACCAUGUCAGCGUUUUCAAUAA